CCAAAUUACCCCCUCGCAGCUCCACACUAUAAAAUCUCUCGCCCAUCCCCAAUUCCUUUCCCUGUAUCUUGACUAUCUUCUCAACCUACGUGGCAUCAGCUACCCUCUACUUUCUAGUUUCUCCUCCACCGUAAACCGCCUGAGAUAGCCCCGCUUAAAGAAUCCCCGGCGACGUUACCCCGAAUUUUUCCAGGUACGCCGGUUACGUUAACCUCUUCUGCCGCUCUUGUUUCCCGCUUGGUCUACGGUGUUUUCGACGUUGCCUGUGGGAUUAGAUCUGUAAUAACGGAAGGCGGAUUUUCUUCUGUAAAUUUGGCCGGCUGUGAUAAACUUCGCGCGGAGAAACACUAUCUUUCCGGUGCCCGCAUGUUGUUUGCACUGCGGUGUUGGAAAUGUGACUUUUGGGUUUCCGAUUUCUCUGUGAUCCUGGCAGGCGUAGCGGAGAAGGGUUCGCCUGGUUUGUUGUUAAUCUACCGAUUCGAAGCUCCCUCUUUCAAGGCAUUUCCCCAGGAUGGCGGAGGAAAUGGUCUCAGGAAGGGCACAGGGUUACCUUGAAUGUGUAUGAUCUCAGUCAAGGACUGGCACGUCAGCUCUCCACAACAUUCCUUGGGAAAGCAAUUGAGGGUAUUUGGCAUACAGGAGUAGUGGUGUUCGGCAAUGAAUACUACUUUGGGGGAGGCAUACAGAAGGACUCUGCAGGAAGGACUCCAUAUGGAACACCGAUCAAAGUCGUAGAGUUGGGAGUCACACAUGUACCCCAGGAUGUAUUUGAAAUGUAUUUGGAUGAGAUUAGCUCUCGCUACACGGCUGAAACGUACAGUUUACUCAAACACAAUUGUAACAAUUUUAGCAAUGAGGUUGCACAAUUUUUGGUUGGGGCAUGCAUUCCAGACUACAUUCUUCAGCUUCCUAAUGAAGUUAUGAGCAGUCCUAUGGGUUCUCUAAUAUUGCCCAUGAUUCAGAACCUAGAGUCGACACUGAGAGCAGGGGCUGUCCCUCAAGCACCACAAUUCAGGCCCACAUUGUCUAGCCAGCAAGCACAAACUGCAAAUACAUCCGCAGCUAAUGGUGCUUUAUCUUCUUCUGGACAAGCUGCAUCUGAGGAGUCUGGAGAUAAAAUCAUGUCAGAAAACAAGACUCUAUCAGUUAACACUGUCCCUCCUGCCAUUGAGCCUUCCAAAAGCGAGAAGAGAGCCUCUGUUGCCGAUCCUCUUGGAGAUGCGAGAAGCAAAGUGCAGGAUGAGAUCAGUCAAGAAUUUGCUGCCAUCAUGGCUCAGGGCACAGUGCGUGCAAGCGAGGCUGCUGCUCUUGCAACUAGGAGAGUCAUGCAGAGAUAUGGGAGUCUGAAUGUUGCCUCACCACGUAGUUAAGAGUAAUGUAUCAUCGGAUUACCAAAUGCUGCUAUUGUAAAAGGAAUAUUGGAAAAACCCAUCACAAUGAGAGUAUAUUUAUCAUUAUGGUCUCUCUGGAAUGCCUACGGGCAUGAUGCCUGAAAGUUGAUAAUGGCUGCCGAUAUUUAAUGGAAUAAUUUGGAUUUUUUAUUAUUUACCCUGAUUCCUCCAUUGCAAUGGAUCUGUUUAGUUUUACAGUCGGCAAAAUUGUA